AUGUCUUCAGCGCCACCCAAUGUCAAAAGCAAAGUGGAUGAAAUUAUGGCCAGUGAAGACCCAGUGUUAGUCAAGGUUGAAAGGUUGCAGGAGCAAUUGCUGCAAUGUGGCUUGGCUUACAAAAUGAUGGUCAAGCCCAGUGAAAUCUUGACCCACCCUGACAACAGGGGUGGGCAAAUGCUGUCAGCAGUGGAUUGCUGGAACAAGGGCAUGAAAAUGUGGGCUGUGGGGGUGAGAAAAGAACUCCUCACUGGCUCAGUGGCUUUUGAACUGGCCAUCAAGACUGACCAAAGAGAGAAGCAAUUGAAUGCCAAUCAGAGGCUGGUUGAAGGUAGUGGUGGCCUGCUGGCUGCCAUGACUGGCCAAGAAAGGUUUCUCAGUGUUUCCUCUAGCCACUCCACUGCAUGGCUGAAAGCAGUUGGCUCUGGAUGUGGUGGGCCAAAUGACAUAGGGCCAUUGCAGCUGAGGCAAGGUGACAGCAACAAGUGUGUACUACAUGGUCAAGAGCUGCAAGUGGCCUUUGGGGAAUUGAAGGCAUGUGCACCUGCUUGCAAAAAGUCCUUGGAUGCAAUUGCAACCUAUGUCUCCAAGUUUGGUGGUGGCAAAGCUUUUGCUACUGUGAUGAUUGGGGAGGAAAUGAUGAAAGCCAUCACCUACUUUGACCUCAAGGGUGAGCAGCAAGUGGAUGGGGUGGCAAAGCUGCUGGGAAAAGCAGACAUUGAGAGAUUGAAGGCACCAACAGUGAAACCAAAACUGUUGGAGGCAGAGACCAUACUGGAAGAUUCCUGGUCCGAGAACUACAAGAUGGCUUGCUUUGGGAGAUUGGCAACAAGGCUGUGCCUGCAUGUAAUGCAGAAAGAAAAGCUUGGGAGAGAAGUCGAUGGCCACAAACACAUCCCAACCAUGUCCAAGCUUUUCACUGAUGAGUUGGGUGGCAUUGCUGUUGCACAGGCCAAAGCUGACAGUAGUGAGUCCAAAUUGCAAGUUUGUGACACUUUGGCAGUGAGCAAAAAGGAGAUGGCCUUGUUGCAGAAUGUGCACAUCAAGGAGAAGGAGUACCAAAACAAGGACCAUGCCAACAAGAUCUUUGUACUGGACAAGGUGCACAAUGACCAUUGCAUCUUCAUCCACAAGCCAUUGUUUGACCCAACCCUGGAAGUCAAGGUGGAUUUCUUGAAGUUGAAAGAUUGGAGGGCAACCAAAGCAUCAAUGGCAGUGGCAUGCCCUGAAGGGAAGGCAGAGAGCCACACUGUUCAGAAGAGUGGUGCUGUGGAAUUGGAAUUCCAGAAGAGUCAUGUGCAAAAGUGUUUGCUGCAGGCUUGCAUAGACAGUGACCCUACUUGCAAGGAAGUGGUUUUCUCCAGCAAUCCAAGCCAUGUGUGGGCUUCAAAGAAAUUUGGCAAGAAGAAUGCAUUGAAGCUGGUCCCCUGUGGCAUUGUCUCUUUGCUGAAAGACACCCCUGUUGCUGACAAGCACUACAUCAAAGCCUUUGGGAAGAUGUGGUUGAUUUCACAAAUGAAAGCCUUGCAGAAUUUCGACAAGGAUGAAGGUGUGCUGAGCCCAUUUUGGUGGGUCAAGUCUGCAGGUGAUGGUGAAGACCACAACAUGACCUUUGGUGAAAUGUCAGUGGAUGGCUGCAAAAUCCCCAUCUUGCAGAACAUUGGGCCCAUCCAGCCAAAUGAGUGCUUGCUCAUUGAGAACCCCAAGGACAUUGCCAAGAAGAAGAAGAAGGUUCAAGAAGCCCAGCCCAGCACCUUGCUGGAAGAAUAUGAAGGGGUGACCUAUUUGAGACUGAGGGCAUCUUCACACACCAUUGUUGCUCUGGUGUCCCAGACAUCAGCAAAGAAGAAUGCAUGUUUCUCAAAUAGCCCCAAGCUGCAGGAGUUGGUGAAAUUGAGGAACAGGGCACUGGAAGCACUACACCUUGGAGAAGAUGGCACUGAAGAUGGUGAGGAAAAAGAAGACAUGUGGCAAGAUGCAGUGCCUCAAAAUGAAACUGCUGCUGGAAGCAAGAAAAGAAAAGUGCAAGAAAAUUGUGGUAGCCAUGUGGUGCAGAUUUCAGUGGCUGACCAGCCAGUGCACAUUCUGUGCCAAGGCACCAGGCCUUGGAAGGGGGAUCUUCUAGUGAAGCUGGUGCCUGAAGAGUUGGCUGCAGUGAUUGCAUUUUUGAAGGAUGGUGUGUCUGAUGCCCUGAAUGCUGCUAAGAGGCAGUAUGUCAAGAAAUCAAAGAAAGCAGACUGA